AUUUCCUGGGGCUCGUAAGGACCACUCAGCGGCACACCAGAGGGGUAUCAUGACUAUUUAUAACCAACAAUUCGUUCUUAUCAAUUUUCCUGCCGUUUUGCUUUUUCGUGGUCGUUUCUAACGUCGAUAGGUGACAGUUAAACACGCCAGACACCGAGCAUGAUGUGAAUUAAAGCGGGUGAGCUGUGACGGUCCAUCCUGGUCUCUUGUGUGCAGGCUGGCCUGUCAUAGACUGUGAAACCAUGGCUUUAGGUCCAGCUCCUGCAGGCCUGCUCCAGCUCAUCCUGGGCACUGUGUUGUUUCUUCUGGUGUGUGGGCUGUCAUCUGUGCUGGGGGAGGAGGUCUACACCAACCAAUGGGCUGUCCAUGUACCUGGAGGUCCAGAGGAAGCUGAUCGAAUUGCAUCAAAAUAUGGAUUCAUCAACCAUGGUCAUGUCUUUGGUGAUUAUUAUAACUUCCGGCAUCGCAGAGUUGUGAAGAGAUCCCUAUCAGAGCACAGAGAGACUCAAGUGCGCUUGAAAAAAGAUCCUAAGGUGUCUUGGGCAGAGCAACAAGUGGUCAAACGCAGGAGAAAAAGAGACGUCUACACAGACCUUACAGACCCAAAGUUUGUUGACCAGUGGUAUCUGCACAACAGCAACCAUCGUGACUUGAAUGCCACAGGAGCGUGGGAGCAGGGCUACACGGGUCGAGGAGUGGUCGUGUCUAUCCUGGAUGACGGCAUAGAGAAGAACCAUCCUGAUUUAAUGCAGAACUAUGACCCAGAUGCCAGUUAUGACGUGAAUGAUGCUGACCCAGACCCACAACCUCGUUACACACAGCUUAACGACAACAGACAUGGAACACGCUGUGCAGGUGAAGUGGCAGCAGUGGCCAACAAUGGGAUCUGUGGAGUUGGUGUGGCUUACAAUGCAAAGAUAGGAGGUGUGCGCAUGUUGGACGGGGAGGUGACUGACAUGGUUGAAGCCCAGUCUCUCAGCCUAAACCCACAGCACAUUGAUGUCUACAGUGCCAGCUGGGGUCCAGAGGAUGAUGGCAAAACCGUGGAUGGUCCUGCCAAACUGGCCAAAGAAGCUUUCCUGCAUGGAGUUACAGAGGGCCGUGGAGGACGGGGCUCCAUAUUUGUGUGGGCCUCUGGAAACGGCGGUCGGGAGAAGGACAGCUGUAACUGUGAUGGCUACACCAACAGCAUCUACACCCUGUCCAUCAGCAGCUCUACUCAGAACGGCAAUGUGCCCUGGUACAGCGAGGCCUGCUCCUCCACCCUUGCCACCACCUAUAGCUCGGGAAACCUCAACGAGAAACAAAUAGUAACUACAGACCUUAAAUCCAAGUGCACAGACUCCCACACAGGGACCUCUGCCUCUGCCCCACUUGCUGCUGGGAUCAUCGCUCUUGCACUGGAGGCUAAUAAAAACCUGACCUGGAGGGACAUGCAACAUCUGGUCGUACGAACUUCUCAACCUGCACACCUGCUCGCCAGUGACUGGAGAAACAAUGGAGUCGGGCGCAAAGUCAGUCAUUCGUAUGGAUAUGGUCUAUUGGAUGCUGGGGCCAUUGUAGCGCUGGCAAAGACAUGGACUAAUGUGGGGCCUCAGAGGAAAUGUGUGCUCACCAUCCUUGCAGAACCCAGGAACAUUGGAGGUCAUUUAUUGAUAAACAAGAGCGUGGAUGCCUGCUUCGGCUCAGAUGCUCAUGUGAAGUCCCUGGAGCAUGUUCAGGCUCGGCUCACUUUGUCCUACAACAGAAGGGGAAACCUCGCUAUUCACCUCAUCAGUCCCGCUGGUACACGCUCCACCCUCCUCCAUCCAAGACCUCAUGACUACUCUUCAGAGGGCUUCAAUGACUGGGCUUUCAUGACCACUCACUCUUGGGAUGAAGUCCCCACAGGCGUGUGGACUCUUGAAAUAGAAAAUGUUGCAGGGGCGAGUGACUAUGGUACCCUGACACAGUUCAUCUUGGUGCUCUAUGGCACUGGCUCACCCUCUGACACCACGACAGAGAAGCCUCAGCCUGGAAGUGGCGGCUGUAAGACGUUAGACCUGAGGCAGAUCUGCAUCGAGUGCAAUGCAGGCUACUACCUCCAUAAGCAGAGUUGUGUGAAACAGUGUCCUGCAGGCUACUCCGUGGGCUCCCAGCCUCUAAACUACACAGUGGGUAACUUUGUGGACCCUGCGUUUGUACAGGCCUGUCUGCCCUGUCCACAGCCAUGUGUCACCUGCAAGAGCCUCAACCGAAACGCAUGUACGUCCUGCCCCCCACACAGUUACCUGGAGAGCAACCCUGGCACCUGCCUGCACCUCAAUCAGAUCCUGAGAGAGACACCUGGAAGCUUCAUGGUGGAUGGCCAGGGAGAGCGCCACCUGGAGGUGGAGAUGGGCUCUCGUCUGCCCAUUACAAUCGCGGUGCUCAGCUGCGUGGCCAUUAUUGCCACCUUCGUUGGGGUCUUUCUGCUGCUGCAGAUCCGCUCAGGCGCUCUCCUCAAACUGCCUUCCCUGGAGGCCGGCUCUAGACUUGGGUCAAACUUCAGCCUGGGGGGUAACAGAGUGGUCUCAUAUAGGGGCAUUCCAACUGUGUGGGGUGAUGACGGGGCAAAUACAGACUCAGAAAAUGAAGAGUUUGACGUCCAAAAUGAGAGGACUGCCUUUAUCAAAACACAAAGUGCCCUUUAAAUUCUCUCAUGCUUUUAAAAUCCUAAGCCCCAUGUUUCAGAUAAGUUUAGGCUUUGAUGCAGUCUCCUCACAGCUGUCUCUGUUUGAUUUUAUCUUUUCUCCUCCGGUCUUCUGUCUCGGCAGACUUCACGAGCCCACUUGUUUCCUCUGUCUCUGAGCGCUGGAUGUGGCUGCUCAGUCUCUCCACACUCGGGCGAAUUUCUAUUAGAGGCACUCUCUCCUCUGGCCCUUGAUUACUAACAGUCUGUCUGUGCACAGUCCCGCUUCACCCGCCUUUGUUACUCCAAACAAAUGAUGAUUGUUUGCUGCUCCCAGUCUCAGUGCAGUUGCCAGACGAGAUUGCUGUAAAUGUGUCAAAAUGAGUGUGUAACUUUAGCUUAAAACAGUCUGGUCGGUCACCUCAGUUUCGCAUAAUAUUUGAUAAAAUAUUUCAAGUGCUGUUUAGCAGAACACACUCUGUUUAGAGAGCAUAGUUUCUCUUGAGUGAAUCCUAUAUUCAUUCUAAGUGCUUUAGAAGUAUAAAAUGCAUAUUGGCAAACAUAAUGGAUUGUAACCACAAGGCAACAAGACAGUCUGUCUGAGAGCUUUUUGUCCUCUGUUUUGUCAGAUGUUAAUUGUGUUUGUACACAGAAAAAUACUGGUUACUUUUUUUUUUUAAUCCAUAUUAUUCAAGGUGCAAUGGGGCUGGAUUUAGCUCUUCUAUUGUACAAACAUUAGAAAUGCCCAUUUCGGCUCUAGCAGAACAAACUGAGUCACCCCAAACCAUUAGGGAUUCAGAGUCCUUCUGACACACGCUUCAAUUGAGCCUCAAAGCCAUGCUGUAUUUGUCGGUGUUCCUGUAUUAAGAAGUGGCACAAGCCUCUUCUUCUCUGUGCUUUCCUACUAUCAUAUCCUCUCCUCAUAUUCAAAUAUUUAUUAUUUAGAAAUCUGUUCACCCAAGCACCACUUCAUCAGCAUCCCAACAUCCUCAAGUCUUCAAUUUAAACUUCAGAUCAUCCUUUCACUUGCCAAUUAAUUUUACUCACAAUGCUGCUAUGACUAUUUAUUCAAAUAUGUCAUACCUUUUGGAAAAUUUACUUUUUAACAUAUUUUCUCCUUAUCUUUUGUGUGUUUUUGAUCUAAAAUAUGCAUGCAUCACAUGGUUUCAUCCAGUAUAGCUUUUUAGAAAGGUGUCUUCUCUUUUAUGUUUUUUUUUUCACUACAGGAAUGGUGUAGCUUUCUGAGAGAGGUUGUCAUGGUGAUGAUGUGCUUACUAAAGUGCAGCUGCUCAUCCUUUUAUCUACCUCUCAUAUAAUCGUUCAGCAAAGUUUCAUAUGCAGUUUUUAAACAGAGAUUGGGGCCAUAUUUUACUUAAGUCAAAUGUACAAUAGGUUGCAUGAUCAUGGUCACGUACAUGAAGUAGUAUUCUGCUGUAGUGACCUCAAGGGCAUUUAUUCUUAACCAUUGGGCCAGGGCCCAAUUGGGGCUGCAAGCACGCCAUCACAGAUAUAUAUUACAUGAGAUAAGGCCCCAGGUGGCUUUGUAUAGAAAAGGUUUUAAUUUGGAGUUAUACAAUUGUUUUGGCUUUGGGCAGCAAACAUUACAUGUCACCUUUUGUUUGUAUAUCCUUUGUUUUUAAUCUUCAGACAAUCAAACCCAUUACUUAGUAGUUUUUAGUUUGGAUGAACACCGGUGCAUUCUUGUGGUGGGAAUUGUUUAGUGCACAUGAUUUUCUUAAUAUGCAGAGAUGGAUGUGAUUUAAAUUACAAAGUGCAUUCAGAGGUUAUCUAGUAAAAACAUUGUAAGAUAUUAAGUAAAGCGUUUUUCAAAUGUCUUUUCCUAACAGAAACCAGAUAAUUUUAACACUGCUUCUAGCCAGGAAACUUAAUUAAUCUCUGAUGACCUGUGCAGGUGUAGCGUGUGUGGCUUAAGUCUUUUUUUUUUUUUUUUUUAUUCGAGUUGCGAAAGCACCAUUCCAAAAAACUGCUUUUUAGAAAGACUCUGUUUAGUUAUGUCCUGAGGCUAUCUGUAGUAAGACAUUAGUGCUGCUGCUUUUUAGGCAGUGAUUAGCUCUGGUUAAAAGUGGCGCUAAUUUAAAAAUGUAAUACCCGUAGAAUCGUAUCCAGCUUGCAGAGUAAACAACAGAUAAAUUGGCCGAUGCAGCCUCAAAUUGCCAUAAAUAACUUUGCAUCCUUUCGAGCUGACUUUUUACCACCUAUAAUGUUUGGCUUUAAUCAGCUUUUUACAGUUACUUUGGACUAGGCAAUGCAGAGUUUUCUCUGCAUCAGGCAUCUUCCUUUUGAAAUGUCAACAAUUAUCUCUUCCAGAAAAAAUGAAUGAAAAACACUGGGUGUUCUGUCAAGAGUAAGUCCUCUGAGUUCAUACACUUAUUUUUAUUUAUUGUAAUUUGAUGUUGCAAUAACUUUGGUAUAAAGUGUUUAGUAAUUUCAGCUCAUCCUGAAAGGAGGCAGCUUUGGUGAAGGCCUUUACUAAAAGCAAACACUAAAAUGGUUAAAUAACUGAAAGUAUUUUGAUGUGUAUGGUAGACACCCCUGUACAACCCAUUCCUGCUGAAAACAUUGCUCUUCAUGUGAAGGAUGCUGCCUUAGGAUGUAGUGGCUGAACAGGAGCAAUAUCUUUGGCCUAACCAAAGACAAUCACAUUAUUGCUGUGUAGUUCUGAGACACUUCUUUUGCUGAUUGCAUCACUUUGAUUUUGUCCCCGUCAUUCCUGCCUAGGGAUGCACCGAACCAGCUUUUUCUGUUCUGAUACUGAUGUCGAUACUUUGGCUUUAAAUAUACCCGUAUAAUUUAUUUCCUUUAAACACAAACUGCAUAUGGUAAAAAAUAAUCCAAAUGUGGUUUGUAAUGGUUAUUAAUAAUUUAUCAGAAUAUCUGUGAAAAUAUGCAAGUUGAAUAUUAUGAGGUGUUUGGGACAAACAUUGGCCAGUAAAUUGUCUUACUACACCAAUUUACAGAUGAAAAUAGGAUAUUGACUGAACUGAUAUUUUGGGACCGAUAUUCGAUCCAUCAAAAUUUUCAAUAUCGACAUCGUUAUCUGAUGUCAGUAUUGUAUCAGUGCAUCCCUAUUCCUGCCUUGAUGGAGAUCUGCAGAGACACCCCUUUGAGCAUUGGUGGAGUGGGGCGUGAAUGUAUCUCAUUUACAUCAACUAAAGGGCUGAAUCUGAUCACUGCACCUGUGAGUGCACAUUUUGAAAAUAAGAAACACUUUGGGGCGGGUCGUCUUGAGUGCAGCUGACGACUCAUUGGUUCUCCUGCUGGCCUGCGGCUGCACUCAGUACCUUACAGUUGUGUGACCUAUUAAUGUACAUGAAUGACUAUCUUAAGUGAGACAGAACUCUAAAAUAAGGCCUAUUUUUGUACUAUAUGAAUGGUGCAGUGUAAUUUUCUUGUAAUUUAAAGGUUUUUGCUCUUGUUUUCCUCUUUUAUUUAAUUGAUGUCAAUUAUAGAUUCUACUUAAAUAAAGAUCUAUGCAAAUUUCAA